AUGUUCAUAAACAAAGUAGUCGGUGUUACACGUGAAUCUCUUUUACAACAGCUUUAUCAGUAUUACAGAAUGGGUGUUUCCUGUCUAGUGCUGAGUCCCACUCUCAGAUCAAUACUAGAACAAGCCCUCAGUAGUCCGUCCUUUGUAGUAUCCCCUGCUAAUGAAGGAGAAUUCAUAGAUAUCACAGUUCUUGAUAUACAUGCUAUGUAUGAAAUUUUUCAGAUGCCAGUUGCUACUGAACACGAAAGAGCUUUUUAUACCUUUUUGAAAUCAAUUGAUACACUGUCGCGGUUAUCACAGUCAACAUACCAAUCACUGACAUUACAGAUUUGUACAACUGAGAUUUUUGUUCGCUUUUCUUUCUUGGUGGCAAACAGGCCUAGGUCUUCAAGCUACACACACAAAAACGUCUACUUUGUGGAUAAAAGUAUAUUAAACAUACUGAAACUAGCUGCAAAGUUAGGUCCCGUGUCCUAUUUAUUGUAUCUAUCACUAUAUUACUAUAUAUCAGGCAGAUAUAAUAAAACACUACAUAUAACUUCUGUUGCUAAAAACAGACUGUCAAAGUUUUUUGAUUUGCGUAGAAAUAUCAUGGACAGUGAGGAUAUAGAAAAUCUCCCCUUGUUCUGGAAGAUGAAAAUACUUUGGCAAACCACUGUAGCUAUCAAUAGCCAUUGUGAUAGUUAUAAUAUCCGUUUUGAAGAAAUAAAGUUAGAACAAGAUGUGAGUAAACUAAAUGCAAAUCCAAUCUUACACCUACCACCGUUUGUUUUGGUAGAAAUGUUGUCAGUAUUAUCCCACCAUAAACUAGGAAACAGAUUUCAGUGUUUACAGUCCCUGACAGACCUACAGACACUGCUGCUCUGUGAUGAGGGGACAUAUGUGCCUUUAUUUUCAAGAGACCUUUCCUGGCAGAUACUUGGAAUCUGUCAGGAACUUGUGGGAGACUUUCAUGGGGCUUUGCAAUCUUAUCAAGAGUCGCUUAAACAGGAACCAUAUCACAAAAUACGGGAAGCUACAUAUAUUAGAAUACUAGCAGCCGAUAUAAAACAACAAUUUAACAGAAUUAGACCAGGCAUAAUCAAUUAG